GACAGUGCAGGGCAUAGGCUAUAGUAGGUAAACGGGGUUUUAACCAUCUCGGAAUGAUUCCGAGGUACCUCGAGCACUAGCCAUUCCUGUGGGCGUGUUAGAUAUGGGCUAUUUCACCAAAUAUUUUACAUAGAUACAUCUAUAUAAAUAUAUAUGUAAACACACUCACACACCGUGGGGUCAAAUUGAACCAAUCGGUAGAUUGAGGGUUAAGAGACUGCCUAUUGCGCAACAUAAUGAGAGGACCAGUCCAGGGGAUAUCUAAAUUCAAAUCCUCACUCAGUUAGCUACUUGUGACUGGAUGCUGCCUAUGUCAGUCAAGAUAAAGGGGUGCCUCUAAUUUCUAUAUGCCUGUAAUGUCAAUGUGGGUCUCAUUGCGUCCCCGUGUUUUGGUGUUAGGGCAUCCUUACUCAGUCAGGAACGCAAAUUCUGUGAAUCUCGCCUUUUUCCUGAGGAUAACGCAUUCACAAUAGAAAGUAACCCAGCGUAGAGAACAGAACAGAAGCAUCUGUGCACUUUUCCGAGGUAGCCUGGGCUGUAUGUUCCUGCCUAUGCUGCAGAACAAGUGAAAAGCGCAGAAAACACAGACACCAACAACUUUUUUUCCAUUCUUGUUCAUCGCCAACUUUAUAACUUCUGGAAUUACAUCCAACGGAUUUCAUGUUGCGAUUUAUUUGACAGAAGUCUUCUUAAUUUUUUUUUUAAUAAACAACCUGCAGGACUCAUCAUCAGCUUAGAAAUAUGUUCAGCAAUUGCUUGGUUUCAUUCUUGAAUUUCUCAAUUCUGGUGCGUGUGCUAAUGGCUUAUGAGUGUUCGCCAUGUGAUCUCCGGACUUGUUCGACGAAACACUGCGAGGGCGAUCGGACUCUGGCCAAGGACCCGUGCGGAUGCUGCGAUCAAUGUACACGGCUGGAGUGGGAGCCGUGCGGUGGCCAGGACUGGGCUCUGGGCUACUGCGCCCUGGGACUAACCUGCGCAGCUGUAAACCAAACGGGAGGUGUAACAAUCCCUGAUAUUGGAGUUUGUAAAGUUCUGCCAGACAGUCCGGACGCUGGAUUGGAGGAUGAGCGCUGCCCUCUGCAGGCAGGCUGUGACAGGGCGGGGGCCGUGUGUGUGUGUGACGCCCGUCACUCCUGCCUGCGCUCCUUCAACCACCCUGACAUGGAGUCCUGCGUGACGGCCAGCAGGACAGAGGUUCGGAGACACGAGCACCGGGAGAGGCACAGGGAGAAGUUCGUGGGCCCGUCCAGCCCGGCCUGCACGUUCUCCGGGUGCAACCUGACAGCACACGGCUGUGUGUGUGAGUCCCAGAGCUGCCACCACCACUUCUCCUACGUCAACCGGAGCCAGUGCCAAGAGGCCGCAGAGGAGCUGAAGUGCGCCAAGACCACGUGUCCUGCUCUGCCAGUGCCCUCCUGCCCCGAGGGCUCGGUUCUGACCAAGAGCUACACCCCCCCUGCUGGCUGCUGCCCCACCGUCUCCCCCUACUGCACCUGUGACCUGCGGGCAUGCCAAAAGCCCCAGUGCCCCUCUGGACAGAAGCCUGUGCUACUCAGCAAAGCAAGCGGCCAGCCGGGAGACUGCUGCGAUGUGUUUGAGUGCCAGAAAGUUUCGCCCAAGUGUGUCCACAAUGGGAAGGAGUAUUCUGAGGGCGAGGUGUACCGUAUGGACCAGUGCUGGCUCUGUCAGUGUCGAGGAGGAAUAUCCUUUUGCUCCAAAGCUGAAUGUGCAGAAGUGGACUGUGAGAACUUCUACAUCCCAGAAGGAGAAUGCUGCCCUGUAUGCAUAGAUGUGGAGCUCCUGUCAAUGGACAGCACAGAGGCCAGAUGCUGGAUGAACAACAAGCUGCAUGGUCACGAGGAACAGUGGAAAGAGGACGACUGCACCUUCUGUCAGUGUGUGGAUGGAGAGCCUCACUGUACCGCCAUGGCCUGCAAACAGAGCUGCCAGAACCCAGUCAAGAUCCCCGGAGAAUGCUGCUCCUUCUGCGAGGAGCCUUCGUAUGAGACAGUGAGCCCCAUACUAUGUCCUCGGCUGGAGAACUGCUCUCUCUCAGGGAAGGACUGCCCCUACGGCUUCCAGCAAGACAAGAAAGGUUGUCUGCUCUGCCAGUGCCUCAACAAUGACUCUUGCCCUGACCUGGGGAAAUACUGCUCGCUGCAGUGUCCCAUGGGAUACGAGAAGGAUGACUUUGGCUGCGAAGUGUGUGAGUGCAACACUCAAAUACACAAGUGCCGACCCCUGACCUGCAGCAAGACCUGCCCCUAUGGAUACGUGAGGAAUAAGCAUGGCUGUGAGAUGUGUCGCUGUGUCAAGUGUCCCCCCUUCACCUGUGACAGGCACUGCAGCGAGGGCUACCAACAGAACAGGAAGGGCUGCUCCAUCUGUCUGUGCAAAGAGAGCGGCUACCUGCCCAGCACCACUUCCCCCGCCCCCAUGCCCAGCCACUGCCUGACGUCCAAUGGACAACGCUAUGAGGAGGGCGAGAGCUGGCACGAUGGCUGCCGCGAUUGCUACUGCCACUCUGGGAGGGAGAUGUGUGUGCUUAUAUCCUGCCCUGUACCUAGCUGCCCCAACCCUGUGGUCAGGCCUGACCAGUGCUGCCCCACUUGUGAAGAUGAGUCAGGGAGCGGGCAGCCGGAGGGCAUGGAUCUGGUGGUGUGCCGCGCCAAUGGGGGGGAACUCUAUGUGGAGGGAGAAACCUGGAACAUGGAUGAGUGUACACGCUGCACCUGCCGGAGGGGUCGCGUCCUGUGUGACACUGAAGUGUGUCCCCCUGCUGUAUGUCAGGCCCCGACCAGGAGCAAGGACACCUGUUGCCAUGUCUGCUUAGAGGACAACCAAGGUACCAUGCCCUCGGUGAGCUCCAGUCAGCAGGAGUACUGCAUCUCCAGUGAGGGAGACGUGCUGUUGGCGGGGGACUCCUGGAAGGCCAACGCCUGCACCAGCUGCACCUGCCACAACGGAACUAUUCAGUGUUUCUCCAAGCGAUGCCCGCCUGCCAACUGCAGAGUGCCCGUACUACGCAAGGGCCAGUGCUGCCCUCACUGCCUGGAACUGACGACAACGCCGGUUCCGGUGAUGGUGUCGACCACGGCCGCCAUGAGCAGCAGUCCUACCACAGCGGGCGACACCGCCUGGAUCACCACAGUCACUGUGCCCCCUCUCAUCGUUGCUACAGACAAAAACAGUCUGGAAGACAACUUCCCCAGCCAAACUGAGAUGGCCCUCAUCUACCAAUCAGCUGCCUGGAUACUGGCCGGCCUCCUCCUGGCCAUCGUCAUCUUCCUCAUUGUGGCACUCCUUAUCAACAGAAAGAAGAAGUGGGUGCAGAUGUCCUGCUAUAGUGCUCCCAAGAAGACUGUGAUCCUGAAGAAGCAUGUGAAUCAGAACUCUGUGGUCUAUAUGGAACGUUCAAAGGAGAACAAGUUCCAGAAUGUGAAGAAUGACUGCGGCAUCAACUUUCCCCCGGAAAUGAGCUCACCCUGUGGGGAGAGGAUGACCAUCCCCCGAGCCAAGCUGGGUAUUGGCCAGGGCAGGGGGCAGUGCUAGAGCUCCUCCACCUAAACACAAAGCACCCCCCCCCCCUUUCACACUUGAUCAAGUUUCCAUGGUGAUCAGUCCACACUUGGAUCCACAAGAAAAGAAGAAAAAAACAAGGCAACUUCUUGUUGCUUUAUCAAAUGACUAUAUUUGGAGCUUUACUGGGCCUGGCUCCUGGUGCAGUGAGGAGAGACUCUGGAGGCAGGAGGAUGUGGCCAGUCUGAGAUAUUGUCAUACAGAACACUACAAACAGAGUGGCAGCCAGAUGCACUAGACCUCAGCCAGUGAGACCUCCAAAGUGUUAACAAUGUCAUCAUCACUUUCCACUUUUCUUUGGGAACUGGAGCACUACGUUAAUAGGACCAACGUAAAAUAUUUAGGACAGGGGUUUGGGCUCUAGUCAAGGUCUCCAUUCUACAGGCUUCUAUGACACAUUGAGUUCUUAUUUGAUCAACAAUGGUUUGAGAUGUGAAGUUUUUUUUUUUUUACAUGGGAGUGUAAGUCGAUUUUCAGUUGAUUGGGUAGUUCAAUGACUCUCGUCUCAGUCAAUGACUUUGAGCAGCAUCAAAACCCAGCAGACUGGCCAAGGGAAAAAAAGAGAGCCAAACUCCUGCUUUAGGACGUGUGGUUCCCAUUUUAGUUUAUUUUAUUUUGUAUGUGUACUAGUUGUAGUGUUUUUCUUGGUCACCUCUCGUUUUUGUUAUGGAUGUCUCCAUGGUGGUGAGAUUAAAAUAUUGUAAAAUCCUGGCUAAACUUUCACCACCAACGCAAAAGAAGGAAACUCUUCUUUUCCUAGUUACUGUUAUGCUAUCUGUUGAAGAGUAUGACCGAGGUCUUUCCAUUCAGAAAACAACAAACCUCUGGGGAGAUUGAAUACACUAUGAAUAAAUGCCUCAAUCAAAGCAGAUGUCUGCCUGUGAUGCAGUAUUGUUCAUCUCAAUUAAUCUCAUUCUGGGUUCCUUGGGAAUUAAUUUUUCCAUUGACUGGACUUCACCAUGUAGAAAGGGUUGUCAUUUUAUAGCUUUCAAGUAAGAGGAAUGGUUACAAGCUAUGCCAGACCUGCUGGAGUGACUCAUUAGGAAUGCCUCACUCCUAUUCAUUUACAGCUCUGCAUAAAGAUGUGCUACUGUUUCCAAUAAAUGUGUAACAUAUAUUUGUUUCUCCUGUAAUGAUGUAUCCUAGCCCAAUUUUGAAAGUUUUGACGUGCUAUGUUCAAUGUCCAGGUAACCUAACUGUCGGUCCUCCCCAUUUCCAACAGUGUAUAACAUAUGACAGAGAACAGAGGUAAGGAGCUCAAUGAGUCUUCAGAAUGAAUUUUAAAUAAUGGUGCAUUACAACAUUAGAGCAUGUUUGUAAAAUGUAGCACUUUGAUUAGGUUCCAGUAUUUUAAAUAGUUGGGAGCCAGAUUCCUGCGAGGAUGAAGGCCUAAUGGGGGAUUUGUAGGCAUAUUCAGCACAUUGACAUGAGAAACCACUUCAGAAAAAAUGCUGUUUGCAGCACAAUCCAGGCUUAUUAACAAUAUGAUGAACCUAGUGAAAGGCCUGUGCUUCAGAGCCUUACAAAAUAGAGUGGGGUUUAAUAGGACAUUUUUGGACCUGAUUUUGUAGUAAAAUUGCCCGUUUCUUGAUACAAAGACCAUUGUGAUGCCAAAACUACAUGCAGACAAAUGUAGAUUUAUAAGAUUUAUAGCACUAUUUCAGUAGAUCUGGGUCUGUUCAAAUCACAAUUGUGUAAAAAAAAUAGUGAAAAUGUGACUUACAGUUAUUUGUAUUUCCUUUGUGUAAAAAAGUUAGAUAAAAGUAGUGGACAGAAGAGUACCUUAUUUAUUUUUUCACAUAGCUUUAUUUAUUAAUACUAAACUAUAGUUUGAGUUAAUGAGAUUUGUUUUUGGCAAAAACAUUUGGUAGCCAAAGCUGCUGUACAUUUUAGAUAUUGUAAACAUUUACCUUCCUUUCUGCUUUAUUCAAGCUUAUUUAUUUUACUGUUGCAAACUGUAAAUACAUUUUGUUAGAUGUUGAACUGUAACAUUCACAAUUAUUUUGAAAAAUAAAAUGUGUGAACAAAAA